AUGUCCUGCAGAAAAUACGAGGCGCCCCGUCACGGAUCGCUGGCAUACUGCCCGAAGAGACGUGCAAAACAGAUAAGACAGCCCUCUCCAGCACCUCCACGUGAUUGUCCAACGGAUAAGCCGCAUCUUACGUCUUUUCUGGCGUACAAGGCGGGUAUGACACACAUCCUGCGGAUCACAACCAGGAAGAGCAACGAUAAGAAGGCACGCGAGAUAAGGAAGGAGGUUGUGGAUGCCGUGUCCAUUUUGGAGGCACCGGAGAUGCGUGUGUAUGGCAUACGCCUGUACGCCAAGGGUGUGCGUGGACUGGUCCUGAAGGAGGAAUACGUAACAAAGAAUAUGAGCGAAUGCCUGUUGGCACGUAUGGUGCGCAGAUACCACCGCAGCGGGCUUAAGAAGAAUUUCAAGACCAAGGAAAAUGCGGAAGAGAACGUGAACGAGAUCGGUGCACAAUUCGAGAAGUACUAUGGAACGAGUGGUGUGGUGGUGAAGGUGCUUGUGCACACAAAGAUCAAUAUGAUAAAGUUGGACAGCAAGAAGGCGCACGUUCUUGAGGUGCAGGUGAAUGGUGGCACAGUUGAGGACAAAGUGCAGUAUGCGCUCUCCAUCUUCAACAAGGACGUCAAAAUCGGAGAGGUGUUUGAUGAGCAGGAGCUGAUCAGCAUAUGUGGUGUGACGAAGGGAAAGGGCUUUACGGGUGUAGUGAAACGCUUUGGUGUGCGUAUUCUGCCCAGGAAGAGCAAUAAAGGCAUUCGUAAGGUAGCAUGCAUCGGUGCAUGGCACCCUGCAGGCGUGUUACGCACGGUGGCACGUGCUGGGCAGAUGGGCAGCUUCAAAAGAACGCUCAUGAACAAAAAAGUGCUCAAAAUUGGCAACGCCAUGCAGUCCGUCCAGACAGAAUUCGAUCUCACCAAUAAAACGAUAAAUCCGAUGGGAGGUUUCAUAAAUUACGGAAUGGUUAAGAACGAUUACCUGAUGGUUAAGGGGCCAUGUGUGGGUCCUGUCAAGAGAGUGAUUACGCUUUGCAAGAGCUACAGCGAGACCAGGAAGUUGAGGAAUGUCGAAAGCAUUGAUAUCAAGUUCAUCGAUACGAGCAGUAAAAUGGGACAUGGAAGGUUCCAGACCGUAGGAGAGAAGGCGAGCUACUAUUCGAAAUAAAGCGGA